AUGGAACCACGGUCAGGGGCAUCACAAGCUACCAUGGAACCAAGGAAACCAAGGUCAGGGGCACCCCAGACAACCAGACAACCAGAAAACCAAGGUCAGGGGCACCCCCAACAACAAUGGAACAAAGGUCAGGGGUACCCCCAAACAACCAGGAAACCAAGGUCAGGGNUCAGGGGUACCCCCAAACAACCAGGAAACCAAGGUCAGGGGCACCCCAGACAACCAGAAAACCAAGGUCAGGGGCACCCCCAACAACAAUGGAACCAAGGUCAGGGGUACCCCCAAACAACCAGGAAACCAAGGUCAGGGGCACCCCUAACAACAGUGGAACCAAGGUCAGGGGUACCCCCAAACAACCAGGAAACCAAGGUCAGGGGCACCCCCAACAACCAGGAAACCAAGGUCAGGGGCACCCCCAACAACCAGGAAACCAAGGUCAGGGGCACCCCUAACAACCAGGAAACCAAGGUCAGGGGCACCCCCAACAACCAGGAAACCAAGGUCAGGGACACCCCUAACAACCAGAGAACCAAGGUCAAGGGCAACCCAAACAACCAGAGAACCAAGGUCAAGGGCAACCCAAACAACCAGAGAACCAAGGUCAAGGGCAACCCAAACAACCAGAGAACCAAGGUCAGGGGCACCCCAAACAACCAGGAAACCAAGGUCAAGGGCAACCCAAACAACCAGGGAACCAAGGUCAGGGGUACCCCCAAACAACCAGGGAACCAAGGAACCCAGGGAACAAAAAUAAUGCAG